AGCAGCAUCAGAGAACAUGACGACUCUCUCAAUUUCGAGCUUGAUUUUCCCGGCCAAAUCGUACCUCGCGAAACCGCUCUCCUCAUCUACAUUCCACGGUGUUCGUAUCGCACACCUAUGCCCUACUCACCGCACCGUCGUGUCGUGGAGCGGCGCCGCUUCUCCAUCCUAUUCGUCGGUGGUGGUGAUGGCGAAGAAAGAGGAAGAGCUGAAGGAGAUCAGGGAGAAGUCUACCGAACAGAUCAAUGAAGAGAUUGUCGACCUUAAAGGCGAGCUUUUCAUGCUCCGCCUCCAGCGAUCGGCAAGGAAUGAGUUCAAGUCUAGCGAGUUUCGCCUAAUGCGGAAAAGGAUAGCUCGAAUGCUCACGGUCAAGAGGGAGAGGGAGUUGGAGGAAGGAAUCAACAAGAGGCUGUCAAGAAAGCUCGACAAGAAAUGGAGGCAAAGCAUCAUUCCUAGGCCACCUCCAUCUCUGAAGAAAUUACAAGAAGAGGAGGCAGCAGAAGAAGCUAAGGAGUCAUCAGCAUGAGUUUUACUAUGCUACCUUUUCAUUUGAUUCUUUCUAGAUAUAUGCUUAAGUAAUAUAGUGUAUUGUACCUUUAGCUACUUUCACUUUCCUUAAUCUAAAAUAUUUGAUUUGGGGCAGAA